UGUAAGCGCGUGGGGUCACGCUUUUUCACCAGCUACAGCAGCCAAUUUAAUACCCAUGCUACGAUUCCAAUUGCGGCUCUAUUACUUGACGAAAACCCUAUCUUCCUCCUCCUCUGGCCUCUUCUUUCAUCAUUUGAUUUCUUUCUGUUCCUGCUUUACAGUAUUUUGUUUUUAUCUAAUCUGUUUAGUAAAUUAUACAAAUUUUGACCAAAAAAUGUCUAGCGCUUUGGAUAUGUCUCUCGACGAUAUCAUCAAGAGCAAUAAAAAGUCUGGAUCUGGUAACGCAAGAGGUCGCGGCCGGGCUUCCGGACCCGGACCUGCUCGCCGUUUGGCCAACCGUGGUGCUAAUCGAGCUGCGCCCUAUACCACCGCUAAGGCGCCUGAAACGGCGUGGCAGCACGACAUGUUUACGGAUCAGGGUAUGGGGUACUCGGGGCAAGCAGGUCGGGCCUCCGCUAUAGAGACUGGAACCAAGCUUUACAUUUCUAAUCUAGAUUAUGGUGUCUCCAAUGAGGAUGUUAAGGAAUUGUUUUCUGAAGUUGGUGAUUUGAAGCGGUAUUCAAUCCAUUAUGAUAGGAGUGGGAGAUCGAAGGGAACGGCAGAAGUAGUCUUCUCUCGGCGAACAGAUGCCUUGGCUGCUGUGAAGAGAUACAACAAUGUUCAGCUUGAUGGGAAACCAAUGAAGAUAGAGAUUGUGGGAACAAAUAUUGCUACUCAUGCUGCACCUCCUGCUACUAAUGGCCCUUUUGGAAAUUCAAAUGGAGUUCCUAGAGGGGGACAAGGAAGAGGUGGCGCUGUUGGACGGCCACGUGGUGGUGGUGGCCGUGGAUUUGGAAGGGGUCGUGGACGUGGAAGGGGCCGUGGUGAAAAGUUAUCUGCAGAAGAUCUUGAUGCUGAUCUGGACAAGUAUCAUUCAGAAGCAAUGGAGACAAAUUAAAGAAUUUCCUUUUGCUUUGUUGCUUGGUCUUACACCGUUAUUUUGUGGCCUUUUAUGUGCUUGAUGAUGCAACAACCCCGACUAUGUUCUGUAACUUUAUCAAGUCUUUAGGAAUUACAGAAAUACUCAGAGAUAAACUGUUAAUAUCUUUAGUAUGGAGUUUGGGCUUUUAUUAUCAAUUGUUCCUUGACUGGGUAUUAAAUAUGCGGGUUAUUGGACAGCUGUCAGUAUGUAAUUGCACUCGUACUUUUGGUUUGGUUAGCUUCUCAAGUUCGUUCUGUUUUACUCUGCAAGUUGGAGUAGGAAGUGGAACUAUUUUUCUCA